AUGAAAUUUGAGGUCCAAAGCCAACCUAACGUAGUUGGCCUUUGCAGUGCAACAUUCAUAUGUUUGGACUCCACGGAUUCAAUAGAAACCAUCUUUACGAAAAUAAGCUCAUGCACGCCUUCAUGCUGUAUAUUGGACUGCGUGGAUGUGUUUGUGGAUAUGUUUACUGUAGAUGCAAUCGUUGGGGUCAUUUUUCGCUUGAAAGCCAAAUUCGCCGUCCUGGUUGUUUGCUCAGAGAAUUCCAUCAAUAAUGAAGAGUACAGUCGGUUUUGCGCCGCAGCGAACUCGAUCAUCAAACUUCAGAGGCGCGAUGAUCGCUGCGUUUCAGAACUAGUGACAUACAAGCGGAACGGAAAGCGGACUGAAGUGACAGAAACGGUUGCUUUGAAUAGCGACCUCAAAAUAUCGAGUGAGAAGUUCGUACCACUGGAAGUCACUUCUGCUGCAGUCACGGUAGACCCUACCAAGGCAAUGGACCUAGAGCCAGAACUAAGCGAGAAAGAACUUGCAGCCAAGUCUCAGUUGAAUCUUCCGUUUACCUCGCUAUCUAAACAAAGUGAACUGAAUAACCUCCGAAUGGCCGAUCGCAAAGUACGAGUAGGUGGUCAAAUCAUCUACACACCAGAUAAGGAGGAUGACUUGGACGAUAGCGAUCCUGAUGAAGAUCUCAAUUUAUGA